CGCCACCGGCCCCCUGGGAGCCUGGCCCCAGCCCCGGACUCUCGUCCGUGCGGUGCUUCUGAGUGGCCGCUGAGCGCGCGCGUUCACGACCCGCAAGGACCCGCGAGCUCCGCCGCCGUGAUGAACAUCCGCAAUGCUAGGCCCGAGGACCUGAUGAACAUGCAGCACUGCAACCUCCUCUGCCUGCCCGAGAACUACCAGAUGAAGUACUAUUUCUAUCAUGGCCUCUCUUGGCCCCAGCUCUCUUACAUUGCUGAGGAUGAGAAUGGGAAGAUUGUGGGGUACGUCUUGGCCAAAAUGGAAGAGGACCCAGAUGACGUGCCCCAUGGACAUAUCACCUCACUGGCUGUGAAGCGUUCCCACCGGCGCCUUGGCCUGGCUCAGAAGCUGAUGGACCAGGCCUCUCGAGCCAUGAUAGAGAACUUCAAUGCCAAAUAUGUCUCCCUGCAUGUCAGAAAGAGUAACCGGGCUGCCCUGCAUCUCUAUUCCAACACCCUCAACUUUCAAAUCAGUGAAGUGGAGCCCAAAUACUAUGCAGAUGGAGAAGAUGCAUAUGCAAUGAAGCGGGACCUUACGCAGAUGGCUGAUGAGCUGAGGCGGCAUCUGGAGCUGAAGGAAAAGGGCAGGCACGUGGUGCUGGCGGCCAUGGAGAACAAGGCGGAGAGCAAAGGCAGCGUGCUUCUGAGCUCGGGAGAGGCCUGUCGUGAGGAGAAGGGCCUGACUGCUGAGGAUAGUGGUGGGGACAGCAAGGACCUCAGCGAGGUCAGCGAGACCACAGAGAGCACAGAUGUCAAAGACAGCUCAGAGGCCUCUGACUCUGCCUCCUAGAGCCAGCCCCCACCUGGUGCAAGCCUCCUCCCAUGUGCUUUUACAAUAAAUGUCACCCUUGGGGAAUUUAUGAAUGUGCAUACUAGGGCUGUGCUUCUUUCCAGUUCUUUGAUGGCAGGGAUAUCAUCUUAACAACCCAGACAGAGCCUACUGAACUCACAAGUCAAACAGAUUGGGAGAAUGUGGCCACCUUCAGCAACUGAGUUGGGUCGACAGAUACACUGGCUUAGGUGCCCUAUUCUCCUGUCACCUUCCUGGCCAGCAGGCCUCACUGCCUUCCUAAUUUUCU